AUGUUGAAGCUCAUAGCUCUUGGCACGGCUUUACUCGUUGUCGUCACGCCAAUUCGUUUCGAAAAUCCCGAGCAGUUGCUAAGUGAUGAAUUCAGCAGCGGUGAAGAGUCAUCAGGCGAGGUGGAUCAGUUUGGAUCUACAGGACUGCCAACUGACGGAGAAGAGGGUUCUGGCGAAGAGGAACAGACCACAACUCCAAAAGCUCCCGUGAAAAUAACUUUGACAGAAAGGAUUCUUACAUUUUUCAAAGUUCUAGUCUACAAACUCGUGAGAUUUCAUGAAGUUACGGUGCGAUAG